AUGGCGGAGCUGAGCGGCGGCAGCGAGGCCGUGCCUGUGGAGCUGUGGCCGCCCGGGGAGGCCCCGCCGGCCUUCCAGUACAGCCCCGACAGCGUGGCCGGAGCAGACGGAGAGAUCGACCCCAGCCAAGUGACCUUCCCGGGCUGCUCCUGCCGCAGCAGCUCCUGCGUGGCUCCCGAGUGCCCCUGCCUGUGCCGCGGGCAGAACUACAGCGGUCUGUGCCUCAGGGCGGCAGAGCAGCAGGAUCAGCCCUUCUCCAGGCCCGUGUUCGAGUGUAACAGCCUGUGCUGCUGCGGGGAGAGCUGCCAGAACAGGCUGGUGCAGCGGGGGCUGCAGCUGCGGCUGCAGGUGUUCCGCACGCACAGGAAGGGCUGGGGAGUGCGCGCCCUGGAGCCCAUCCCCAGGGACACGUUUGUCUGCGAGUAUGCUGGGGAGGUGCUGGGCUUUGCUGAGGCUCAGAGGAGAAUCCAGGCCCAGAGUCCACAGGAGCCAAACUACAUCAUAGCAGUGAGGGAGCACCUGCACGAUGGGAGGGUCAUGGAGACCUUUGUGGAUCCCACCCGUGUUGGGAACGUGGGCAGGUUCCUGAACCACUCCUGUGAGCCCAACCUGUUCAUGGUGCCCGUGAGAGUUGACUCCAUGGUGCCCAGACUGGCACUUUUUGCAGCCACUGAUAUUUCUGCUGGAGAGGAACUUUCAUAUGAUUACUCAGGAAGAUUCCAUAAUUUACCAGGAGCUAGCAGAGAACACAAACCUCUAGAGGAAGAGAACAGCCUGAGAAAACCUUGCUACUGUGGUUCCCGCACGUGUUCUUCCUUCUUACCUUGGGACAGCUCCCUCUUCUCCACACCAGCAAGUUCUCCAUAG